AGCGUUCUCUGCGUGCUGUAGCAGACGGACGAGCUCCGUCACGUGACAGGGGAGUUAUUGGCGCUUGGGUGCAGUCAGACUGCAUAUCCUUGGGUCCCGACGAGGAGCCAGCAUGUCCAUGGAGGACCCGUUCUUCGUAGUGAAAGGGGAGGUGCAGAAGGCCCUGGCGAGGGCACGGGGGCUCUUCGAGCGGUGGGAAGAGCUUCUGGAGGACGGUACUCCUGUCAGCCGGGACGAGCUGGACUGGAGCACCAAUGAGCUGAGGAACUGUCUGAGAACUAUCGACUGGGACCUCGAGGACCUUCAUGAGACCAUCAGCAUCGUCGAAUCCAAUCCGGGCAAGUUCAGACUGGAGGAGAGUGAGCUGCAGGACCGGAGGGACUUUGUAGAGCGGACGAGGCAGGCCGUCCAGGAGAUGAAGGAGCAGCUGUCGAGCCCCUCAGCGAUGGCCAGGGCUGAGAAGAAGAAUCGACAGGCCUUGCUGGCGGCUUCUGGACCGGCCCGCGCCUCCACGGGGUUGGAACCCCACCUGGUGUCAGCCAACUCGCGGUACAUCCAGGAGCAGCAGGAGCAGCAACAGCUGAUUAUGCAGGAACAGGACGAUCAGCUGGGGCUGGUUACGGGCAGCAUCCGUGUGCUGAAGGACAUGUCCGAGCGCAUCGGCGACGAGCUGGAUGAGCAGGCUGUUAUGCUUGGAGAGUUCGGCGAUGAGAUGGACCAGACCAACUCGAGGAUGGAUUCGGUCCUGAAGAAGAUGGAGAAGGUGUCCCACAUGACGAGCAGUCGGAGGCAGUGGUGUGCGAUCGGAGUCCUGGCGGUCAUAAUGAUCAUCGUCCUCAUUCUCUUCUUCACACUUUGACCAUGGAUCUGCAAUGUUCCUUCCCCUCCUUCUGGACGGUUCUUUGGGUGGAUGGGUGGAUGGAGGACUGGGGGGUAAAUCCGUCUCCUCCUGCUUUUGGAUACGACUGCCCGCUGCGUUAUAGCCUAGCGUCCGCUCAGGACUCCUUCAGAUUAGGCAGGACCUGCACCAGUUGCCUUUUGGGGCAAGUAAAAAAUAUUUUUAAGCGCAGUUUCCCGAACCAGAUAAAAGGUACUGAAAGACGGCUUGAUGUUCACAGUAUGGUGAACUGUUCAUAGCUGCCUUUUAUUAUUUUUUUUAGGAAAAAAAAAAGUAUAUUAAUGGGCCUGCACAGAUAAUAAAGGGGGCGUGUUUGUGAGGCCAGCAAGCCAAUCACGACGGCCACUUCACUGACCAAGCUGGUAGUUGCUGGGCAAAACAGACAAGUAUAAAUGUCUUUCGUCAGUCUCGCCCCCUGGUGGACAUUGUGACUUCUUGUGAAUUUUCUGUGCUGUUCUGUUCACUGUUCGGUACUGUCCCCCCCCCCCCCCCCCCAAAUUUUUGACAUCUGUUUAUGAAUGAUUUUUUUUCCACCAAAAAUAUGUUACUGACAGGCCGAUUAUCCCCAUCCGCUUCCUCCUGGUGUGGGGGGGUCGCUCCCGCUGCCGGUGUCCCGCUGCCCGUCAGCGGAGGCGCGCUGAACGCCUCUUACUGCACUUUAGUUCCUGCUGUGUCAGGGAGUGAUGACUAGUGAAAAAUGACUUCUUGCAGUGCAAUGCCUUAAUGACACAAUCCCUGUUCUCACCUGGCUUGGAGGGAAAAAAAGAGGACCACAUUGCUUUAUAUUUGUACAUUUUAUUACACAUUUUAAUAUUCUUUUUUUCCUGACUUGCCUCCAUGUCAGUUUACAGCUCAAAUAUAAAUGGUGACUUUCUGAAAUCCUAAUUAUGUCCACCUUCGCGUGCGGUUCCUUAUCGUUCUGGUUUUUCCCCUCUGUGUUUGGUACCGUUGCAGUAUUAUCAUUCUGUUUUUUUGUCAGUUUUAAUCCAUGCAUCCACGCAUUUACCGUUUGUGCCGAUGCCAAGUGAGAGUGUCCGAUUUCUGGGCCAUUCUGAACUUCCCUGAAGAUAUCAGGUGGUACUUCACUCCCUUGGGGGUUGCUCGUAGCUUUCGGCUUCUGGACAGAAUGCCCCCCUAAGUACAGGCAGCAUCAGAUGUACAGUAUGUGCUGUAUUCGUGUGAUGGAUGGAGCCUGUGUGUGGUGGACCGGGCUGCUGUGGCACUCCGUGGAAUGUGAUUGGUUGUGAUCGAUCGGGCGAUUGGCUGACUGGCCCUCUGGGUGUGUCAUGGGUCCGUCUGAGCUGUUCUCUCCCUGUCCUGCUGUCGCCAUCGGCAACUGGGGAAGGGGACUGUCCUACAUCAGGCUGCUGAUUUUGCAAAACCAGGAAGAAAAUUAGAGAGGGGGAAAAAAAUGAACCCAAACCCUUUGGAUUCAAGGGACUCCCAGCAUUUUGAGUCGCACCCUUGAUAAUUUGCCACGUGCCCACAUCUGCAUCAUCCUCCACCCCGUGGGGGGGGGGUGGGUACGUUACACCUGCCAUCGGUCAACUAUGACCCAACCAAGCAGGUGUGAACCACACAGAUUACGUUCAUAGGAAGACUGUGUUAUUGCAUCAGAAUUGGCCUCACUGUGUCCUCAGGAACUGGCUCCUGCCACACUUCUGAUAAUCUGGUUUCAGACGGAAUGAGUAACCUGUCCCUGGGUUUAUGUACAUAUAGAGGCAUACCUGAAAGACUGUAAGCUGUGGAAUGAUUGCCUUCUCCUCCUGUAAAUUUCCCGUGUUCUUAAUAAACCAUAAACAUUU